GAAAAAGCAAAUAUCGGCCCAAGACCAUAUGAGCAUAAAUCCUCACCCCUCCAAAAAAUCACAGCAUCUCCGCAGCUAUCAAUACUUGUCUCCCUUGUUUCUGCAGCCUAUUCCAGGUGUGUGAGCGCCUCAUCUUCUUCCGGACUCCUAUUUCGUGUACUGAGCUACUUCUAGGUGUGAUAAGAAAUGGUGCGUGCAUACAAAGUAAAAGGGGAGAAGAGAAAAAAGAAAGGGGAAAAUUAUGAUAAAGAAGAAAUCGAGGAACAUUUGGAAGAGGAACCAAAGGUGUCAGAAAAAAGAGCAAAGAUGGAACACACUGCGGCAGACACUGAGGCAGCUGAAAGAGUUGUAGAUUUACUAGCUGGCAUUCCUGUUGUUGCAACUGAUCAAACCAGUAAACCUGGUGUUAUUUUUAUCGUUGAAAGAGCUUCUCUGGAAAUUGCUAAAAUUGGAAAGACUUACCAACUUCUGAAUUCGGAUGAACACUCCAACUUUCUGAAGAAGAAUGGUCGAAACCCUUCGGAUUAUCGGCCUGAUAUUGCUCAUCAGGCAAUGCUUUCAAUUUUGGAUAGCCGAGUGAAUAAAGCUGGGCGAUUAAAAGCUUUGUAUGUGAAGACUGAGAAAGGUGUCCUUUUUGAAGUAAAACCUCAUGUUCGUAUCCCUAGGACAUUUAAGCGAUUUGCUGGCAUCAUGUUGCAGCUGCUACAAAAGCUGAGCAUAACUGCUGUUGGUAAGCGAGAGAAACUGUUACGCGUUAUAAAAAACCCUGUUACACAGUACCUACCCAUCGACUGUCGGAAGAUAGGCUUCUCUCAUAGUUCUGAGAAGCUUGUGGAUAUUCAGGACUAUGUUAAUGGUGUCAACAAUGACACGAACCUUGUUUUCGUGGUCGGGGCUAUGGCCCAUGGGAAAAUUGAUAAAGAUUAUGUGGAAGAUUAUUUAUCAGUUUCAGAUUAUCCAUUGAGUGCUGCAUACUGCAUAUCGAUGAUCACGAAUGCUGUGGAGCGCAAAUGGAAGAUUUUGUAGAUUUUUACCUUACCUGUAUUCUCCCAAGAUGUACUUUCUAGAAUGUUGUCCUUGCCAGUUUUCUUUCUGUAGGCCUUUCUAGUUGGCAAGGCAAAUACUUUUGGAGUGCCCUUUUUGCCAGUUUUCAUUAUGAAUUAUCAACAGCAUUGGUUCUGCUUUGUUUCCAAAUCCAAAAAAACUCAUCUUACUUACAA